AUGACGAGUAACUCCAUGCUCCAGUUCGGAGUCGAGAUCGAGCUUCUGAUCGGCAGUCGUUCGAAGAACCACAAGUCGUGGAAAUCUCUGGCGUCCGAGCUGAGUGUCCGACUCGCUGACGCUGGGAUUUCCAACCACCUCAACGAGGGCAACAUCAAGUCGGUGGAAAACUACCACGAGUGGUCCAUUACCCACGAGGUGACUGUUCCCAUGCAAGCUGGAAAGAAUCUCUGGGGCUUGGAGCUUGUAUCACCCGUCUUCACACCCGAGCAUGCGUGGACCACAGACCUGAGCACCAUCUUCAAGGUCCUCAAGGCCGGCUUCACCAUCUCACCCUCCUCAAACUGCAGCACGCACGUCCAUGUGUCCACCUCUCCUCCAAUGCACGCGGUCGACCUUGCCGCCAUUGCCAAGUCGAUCCUCUACUUCGAGCCCGCCAUCGACACUCUUCUUCCGUCCAGUCGGGCUUCAUCGUACUGGUGUCAAAGCAACCAUGCCAACCCGGCGCUCAAGUCGCUGUCGACAGCCCAGUGUUUCGAGUACAUCGAAUACUGUCCCGAUGUUUCGUCCAUCGUCCGCACCAUGUGUCUAUUCUCCGCCAAGAGCGCAUACGGUCGGGCCAAUGGCUACACGGAAGACUUCGUUCACGGCGUGUACAAGUGGGACUUUUCGGGGCUCGAAGUCGGCGGUAUUGGCACGCUCGAGUUCCGCCAGGCACCCGGAAGCCGCAGUGCGGAAGACGUCGCGACUUGGGUCGAGCUGGCCGUCUGCUUCGUAGCAGGAGCAAUGGAACCGAGUGUCGUGCUCGAUCCGCAAGGCCAAGUGACCAUGGACGAGUUGUGGUGGCUAUUGAGUGUUGGGGUGCAAGUGACCGGCAUUAGCGAACUCCGAGGGGUUGAGAAAUUGUAUGCGCAAGCCGGGAAGAAGACGAGGGCAAGCAGGUAG